ACUCAUUCUACACGUUUGCUCUCAAAGUCUCUGGCUUUCGCUCUCCUUCUCCCGCAAUCUUCUCUCUUCUUCGUGGUUCGUUGUGGGGUUUGAGCUUUUUCAAGUGUUAUGGCUAAGGACGUUGAGGUUGCAGAGCGUGGGUCUUACUCCGCCAAGGACUACCAUGACCCACCUCCGGCACCGCUCAUUGACGGGGAGGAGCUUGGCAAGUGGUCCUUUUACAGGGCUUUGAUUGCUGAGUUUAUAGCCACCUUACUUUUCCUUUACAUUACCGUCCUUACUGUGAUUGGCUACAAGAGCCAGUCUGAUACCACAGCUGGCGGUGAUAAGUGUGGUGGCGUCGGCAUUCUUGGCAUUGCCUGGGCCUUCGGUGGCAUGAUCUUCAUUCUUGUCUACUGCACCGCCGGGAUCUCAGGAGGUCACAUUAACCCUGCAGUGACAUUUGGGCUCUUCUUGGCUCGCAAGGUGUCACUGAUUAGAGCCAUCUUGUACAUCGUGGCUCAGUGCUUGGGUGCUAUCUGUGGAGUUGGGUUAGUGAAGGCCUUCCAAAAGAGUCUCUACACCAGGUACGGUGGUGGGGCCAAUUCUCUGAGCGAUGGCUACAGCAUCGGCACUGGCUUGGGUGCUGAGAUCAUCGGAACCUUUGUUUUGGUAUACACUGUGUUCUCUGCUACUGAUCCCAAGAGGAACGCUAGAGACUCCCAUGUGCCUGUUUUGGCUCCACUUCCCAUUGGGUUUGCUGUGUUCAUGGUUCAUUUGGCCACCAUCCCAGUCACCGGUACCGGCAUCAACCCGGCCAGGAGUCUUGGAGCCGCUGUUAUCUACGGCAAAGCCUGGGAUGACCACUGGAUCUUCUGGGUGGGACCAUUCAUUGGGGCAGCCAUAGCAGCAUUCUACCACCAGUUCAUCUUAAGGGCAGGUGCAGCUAAGGCACUUGGAUCAUUCAGGAGCAACCCCUCUGUUUAAAUCUGUGUUAAUUAAUGCUUCAAAUGGAACAAGAUGCUUGAAGAGAUGAGGCUGUUCAUGGGACAGAGGGAGCCUUUUGUAAUACCCUCUUGUCUUUUUAAGCAUUUCCCUUUUGAAUCUUCUUCUUCUUCAGUGUGCCUUUUUCCUUUUCUUUUCUUUUCCUAUUUUCAGUUAUUCUCUGGCUUGUCUGUACUCAACAUUAUGAUUUAUGAGGGAAAAAAAAAAUUAUGUGUUUAUAAUUAUGUCUUA